UAUCAAUAUAUUUACGCACAUGUGCCUAUAUUGCGUCCUUGGCGAAAUUUUAGUGGCUCAGUGCAAUAAAAUAUAUUAUGCGGCAUAUAGUAAUAAAUGGUAUAUUAUGGAUCCAAAAGUUGCAGAAGAUUUAUUGCUCUUAAUGACAAGAGGUUCUAAACAAAUUUGUCUCACUGUUGGAAAAGUGUCUCCUGUUACAAUGGCCACAUUUUGCAGUUUAGUAAAAACAUCUGUUGGGUAUAUAUCCGUUUUGCAUACAACAAGAAGGUAAUAAUAAAAAUGAAAGC